UAAUUUAAUUUUUUAGGUUGCCUACCAAAAAAUCCUACAGCUGUCUUACAUUGACAAGUUUUUAGAUGACAUUCAACGUGAGUUUCGUGAUAAGUACAAGGGAGACUUGGAGAGUUGUCAGUUCUUCUCAAAUUUUGAUCUUGGAAAUGAAUUUGAAAAGGUCUUAGCUUCUGCCGAAGAAUAUGGUAGAAUGAUGACAAGUCAGCCAAGGAAGAUGCGCACUUUUGACGAAUCACUGAAAUCUAAGAAAACUGUAGCUUCUAUGAUAGAAAACAAGGAUACUAAGUCUACCUCAAAAGAAAAAGAAAGUAAAGAGACUCUCAAAGAAAAAGACAGCAAAAAUACCCAGAAACCUUUCGCGACAGUUAUACAAAAUGGUAUCCAGGAAAAGAAAAGUGAUGAAGGAUUGGAUUGUGAUGUGAUCAUGAGAAACCGACAAAAGAUGUUUGAAAAAAUGCAAGGAAAGCAAAAGAAGUCUGACAAAACAAAAAGUCCAUCGUCAAAAGAAAAUAAAACUAAAAAACCACGAGUGUGGGAUAAUAGUGGUACACAUCAAGAAGCCCAAGUCUUAGACUUCAGUGAGAAUCCUAAAUGUGAACGAGAACAGGCUAAUUCUUCAGAUCUUUUGAAUGAAGAAGCUCGUGCUUGGGUAGGACAAAUGAAAGGAGAAAUUAAAGGCAUGGAUUAUUCAGAAAGUGAAGAGGAAACAUCUGAGGAAGAAGAAGCUUCAAAAAAAAUAAUACAAACUGGAAAAAGCAGAAGUUUUGGUAUGUUCAAUAUGUUUCGAGAUCUGGUUGGCUCAAAAAGUAUUUCUCGUGAGGACAUGCAGUCAGUUCUGGAAAAGCUGAAGGAUCACAUGAUUGCUAAGAAUGUAGCCUCUGAUAUUGCUGGGAAAUUAUGUGAGUCAGUGGCUUCUAGACUGGAAGGAAAAGUUUUGGGGACUUUUACUGGUGUUGCUUCUACUGUAAAAGCAACCCUUGUAGAUGCUCUAGUACAGUUGUUGUCACCUCGCCGUCGUAUUGAUAUUUUACGAGACGUUAUGGAAGCUAAACAACAGCAACGACCAUUUGUCAUUGUUUUUUGUGGUGUAAAUGGAGUUGGAAAGUCAACUAACUUGGCUAAGAUUUGUUUUUGGUUGGUGGAAAACAACUUCAAAGUUCUGAUUGCUGCCUGUGAUACUUUUCGCGCGGGAGCCGUGGAGCAACUCCGUACUCACUCUCGCUGUUUGAAUGCCUUACACCCUCCUGAGAAGCAUGGAGGCCAUCCUGUUGUCCAAUUAUACGAGAAAGGAUAUGGAAAGGAUGCUGCUGGAAUUGCCAUGGAAGCAAUCAAUUUUGCUCGUGACUGUAAAAUGGAUGUAGUUCUUGUGGAUACAGCUGGUAGAAUGCAAGAUAAUGAACCUCUGAUGAGAUCUUUGGCUAAGCUAAUCAAAGUCAACUCUCCAGACCUGGUUCUGUUUGUUGGAGAAGCUCUUGUAGGAAAUGAAGCUGUGGACCAGUUAGUGAAGUUCAACCAAGCCCUUGCUGACCACUCAAGUCAAGAGAACCCACAUCUAAUUGAUGGCAUUGUCCUGACCAAAUUUGACACUAUUGAUGACAAGGUAGGAGCAGCAAUAUCCAUGACUUAUAUCACUGGUCAGCCAAUAGUGUUUGUUGGAACAGGUCAAACCUAUACUGAUUUAAAAAACCUUAAUGCUAAGGCUGUUGUUCACGCCCUCAUGAAGUAAUGCUGUUCCUUGAAGUGAUCUUCCAUUUUGCUGUAGAAAAAUAAUAUACAAUUAUGGCUAGAAGAAGCUCUUCCAGAGAGAAAUAUUCUUAGAUUGGCAUUUAAACAUUCUUGUAUUCCUGCUAUUAUGCUUAAAAAAAAAGAAUAAAGUGGAAGAUUAGAUAAUAUUCAAAUGAGAAAUGUUAUUAAUUCUGAAUUAAUAUAAAAAAGUAUUUUCGUCUCCUAAAGUAUAUUAUUCAGUGAAUACAUUGCUUAUCAAUGUUUUUCCCUUACCAUGUUAAGAAAAGGUCAGCUACAGUUCAAGAUGACUGUGAAAAUGUAACAAGAGUAUUAAAAACUGGUAGAUAUCUGUUUUAAUAAUUUUAUUUAACAAACUUUCAUAAAGUGAUUUAUAUUGGAUAUUACGUUAUAUAUUUCUGUCUUAUAAUUGUAUUCUUCCUACAAGUGUUAUAAAUUUAAGUUACCACUGAAAGUAAAGUGUGUGAAAGGAAGGCUAGUUUGAAGUAUGAUUCAUUAUUUAAAAUGGCUUGUUUUUUGUUUUAUACUGAUGUUUAUACCAUUUAUGUUGUAGCUAUUAAAGUGACAAACGAAGAUACAAAAAUAACAUUUCUUGUUUUUACUUGUGAAUUCUUCAUGAUAAUGGUUGAGAUGUAAGCGAGUUGUUUGAUUGUAGUUUAUUCUUAGAAAAACUGUGCAAAAUUGUUUAAGUUCUUGGAAUAUUUAGAAAGUUUAGCCAUUGGUCAUAAGAAGAGUAAACAGUCAAAAUUGACUGCAAUAUAUUUUCAAACUUUGAUACAUUUAGAAAAUAACUACAGACCAAAAGAAAAAUUAACAUGUUAAACCUGAAAUAUUUGUGUAACUUUCAUACAUAUUAACCAAAGUAAUCCUAACUAUCCUUAUGAGUUACCAAGAACUUGAAAAAGCAUAAUGUAAACAUAAACAAGUAAGUUUUUUCUCUGUUUUAGAUAAGUUACUUUGAGAAAUACUUUGCAAUUCUGUAAAAGUGACUUAUCUUGACAAAACAUUUAUGUGCAUUUACAACCAUUUAUGUGAAUAUCCAAACUUCAUAAUUAUACCCUAGAUUUGUUUUUGCAAGUAUUAGACUCAUGAUUUGAUAACAGUUAAAAAAUCUUUGAAAUAAAUAAGAGAUUUCAUUUUUUUUAUUAUGCUUUUGGUGUUGCAGUAUUAAAUAGGGUGUUUUAAUUUUUAAGAUUAUGUAACGUUUGCCUUGGUAUUAAAGCUAUAGACUAAGGCUGCUUCAGCAGUUGUAUGAAUUCAGGUUAUGGUCUUAAGUUCUUCACGUCAUUAUUUGAAUGAGUAAUAAUGUGUUAUGUAUUUAGAAAGUUAAGUAAGAUACUUUAUAGCAUCGUUUUUUUGUCUUGAGGUAAAUAUCUUGUCUAUUUAUCUGAAUUGUAGUUAAAUUAAAGGAGGCUAGUACAGAGAAUUGGCAGUUCAGAAGAUCUUAAUUUUUUUCCUGUUCUGUACAAUUCAUCUACUUACAAAGAGUAUCUCUUUUAAAAGAGGUCAUCUCAGUCCUAUGCACUAUGAAUACCUUAAAAAAAAAGAUGGUGGAUGAUGUGGAAAGUAUAAAAAUAGGGGAGGGGGGUUCAGUAGCGAUUCAUGAUUUACAGGUGAGUACAAGUUUUGUAGAAUUAGUUAGAGAACCUUGGGCUUGUUUGCCACUUUAAUAUAUAGUUUAUACAGUUUCUGUUAACAAGUAAUUUCUUAUUACUGAUUUUAGUAAGUUUAUUGGUGAAAAGUUAUUUUGAGUUACCCUAAUGACAUUUCAAGCUUUCCGCAUGAUGUUAUGUCAGUUUAUGAAUUUACUCGGUCGUUGUUUGUUUUUAUGUAGAAAGUUUGAUACUAUGUAUACUUAUAGGGUAAUAUUUUAAUGAAACUAUCUACACACUGACCAUGAACUCCUGAGAAUCAACGUUUUGGCUUUGUGCUUUCAGCUGGAUCAUACAAGUCAUGAAACACUGAGCAAAUACAAGAACUUGUGACAUUCUCUGUAGUUCAGUCAUUUUAUUUAUUUGUAAUUAUGUGUACUAUGCUCCAGUCAGCAUUCUGUAAAUUAACAAAUGUAAAACACUUCUACACACUGCAUAAAUAGAGCAAGGAAAGGAAAGACUUCAAGUUUUCUAGUUUAUAUUGUGAUAUAUUGUUCAAUGUUCAGAAAUUAACAUAAUCUGGAAUUUACUUGAAUGUCCUGCAUCUGGUUUAACUGAACAUAUGUCUGUCUGGAAGAAACUUUGCUAAUGUUCUACUCUGUGGAAUACUCCAUCAUAAAGCUGAGCUGUAAAACCUCUUGAUUUACAUUAAAUAUACUUUUAAGUUUAUUUUCCUGCUUUUACAAAGGUCUAUCUUACAUAAGAAUUUUUUUUUAAAACAGCCAAUAAUUCUUUUUUUUUCAUACUAUCAAUAGUGUAACACCACUAUUUUAACAAUAUAACAAAUGUGCUUUCUCCAGUGUCAAAAUAAGCUUUCACAAAUCGUAUGCUAGAUGUAUCUCAUAGAGCUUGUACCAUCUGUUGUCAGUACAUUUAGAAGUUUAGGAAUGUAAACAUUUAUCAUCUUUGUGCUGGUUAACAUUACUAAUGCUCUUUUUAAGAUGUAGAUGGUUUUAACUUUUGGUGUGUGUGUGUGAGUUAAUGGAAUACUUCCUGUGAAAGAAACGCAGUCUCAAUGAUGAUUUUAAUGGUAAAUGAUGUGCCUAUUAAUGACCAUAUUUAGGAAAUACAAUAACCUGAGUUUGUCACUGUGACAUACAUAAUCAUCCCUACAAAUUUCUUACCAGAUAGCAGUCUGGGUUUACAAAAACUGGUAGUUAUAUUGAUUUGUUCAUCGUGUUUACUUAUUUGUGUAACAAACUCGGUUCCUCUGUACAGAAAGAGAUAAAGGCUCACACUAUAUAUUGUCCUCUUCUUUUUUUUCUAUAGUGUAGGUGCUUUAAAGACUUGUUCCUUAAAAAUACAAACAUUUCCUAAUGAUAAGUGAUUUUAUAGUGAGACAAUGAAUUUAGAUUAAUAGGUAUUUCGCAGACAAGUUGUACUGACGUUGUGGAAUCUAUAAAGAUUGAAUGAUAUAUUGUGUGCCUUAAGAAUAAUUAAGAUUUCCAUUUUAAACAAAUUUAUAUUAAAGUGCACAUCAAUAAAGAAUCUGUAAUAAUAGUAAUAAGGCACCUUGUUUACUGUGAUUUGACAUAUUUUUAACCAAGGAGAGCAUUGAGUUCAUUACAUGAGUUUGAGGAUUGGGGGGAAAAAAAGUCAAAGAAGAUUUUCACUUGAAGUGUUUUCAGGUGGGAAGCAAAUAAUGAUUUUAGUUGGUUUCAUAUAUAACUGUUUGCAACUGACUGAGUUAAUCUUUAUUAGCUGAUUUUUUCACUUCUAGGUUUAUCUUCUUUUGUUUUCUCCAAAAGGUGACUAUGUAUUAGGAAAACUUAUCUGUUAUGUGGAGUUUAAAAUGUCAGCCUUAGUGUUAAAAUUAUUACUUAUUUGUUCCAUCUGUUUUAAAGGUUUUUGUUUUGGAAUCUAUGCGUACCUUCUGGCUGUGGUUUGAUAUUUAAUUCUCUCCGUUACCGUCAAAAAGGCUCCAGCAUGGCCAGGUGGUUAGGGCAUUUGACUCGCAAUCUGAUGGUUGUGAGUUGGAAUGCACGUCUCACCAAACAUGCUCGCCCUUUCAGCCUGUGGGGGCGGUAUAAUGUCUCGGUCAAUCCAACUAUUCGAAUAUAGUAGCCCACGAAUUGGUAGUGGGUGGUGUUGAAUAGCUUCCUUCUCUUCAGUUUGUCACCUCAAAAUUAGGGACAGCCAUCGCAGGUAAUAGCUUUUUCGAAUAGCUUUGCAUGAAAUUCAACAUUAACAAAAUUAGUUUGGUAUCACUUUCUUUCAACUAUCGAUUUGUAUACAGUAAUGUAGAGAAAAUGAUAGCAGUAAUUCAAAAGAUAACGUGAAUAUAUUUUAUAUCAAAUAUUUACAAAAUUCUGAAUGUAAAUAUUUCUUGUAGAUACUAACAGCAACAACAAUUU